AUGAUUCUUCGUUUCCAGUUUCUCGUUCCAUUUUCACGCGAAUUCUUUCUUAAUUUAGGUGCAUGUCGUGUCUCGCCAGGCAGUUGCCAAGAUUUCUUAAAUGGCUCAGCUGGCCAAGGUAAUACUGUGGUCAUUGUGACUGGUGGAGAGAAAAGGUUUUGUACGAUUGGUAAGAAUUGGCUUUCAAAUCGAUGGAUUUGGGGACAAUCAAUUGUUGGUUAUCUAUCUCUUCGUCGCCCCGUGACGACCAUUGUUGCUAGGUCGAUUCAUGUCAAUCAAAUCACUGAUCCAACUCAAACCGAUAUCGAUCAACUUCAUUGUCCAUACGUUCAAACAGUCGAACAGUUAUAUGAAACUAAUAAAGCAAACUAUGGUUUUGAACAUGUAAAACUAGAGAUCAUUUGA